CAAGUUGCCAACCUCUGCCAGGCUGCCUGCCCUUGAGGCUCAUGCCAUGAGAGCCGGGAUGCCCAUUCUUCAGGGAGUCUACACCCCUGAGUGCCCUGGACUCAGAGUGGUCUGAGGGGAUGUGUUGGUGGGCUUUUAGGGGGUUGCGUUGCAAAACCCCAAGAGUCAUGAAACUUAGCUUAUAGGUGCCAUGUCAGCAGCCUCUGGCCUUAACCCUGCCACUUCACCUCCUUGGGCUUUAGUUCCUCAUCUGUAAAAUGAGAAUCAAGCUACCUGUCCAAAGGACUGGACGAUUUCUGAAACCCCUUUAUCGCAGAAUCUAAUGUGACAGUGAGUUUAUCUUUGAGGAUAGAUGAAGUGAUCUGAAGUAGAUAUUCAAAGUGUGGGUUUGGGCAUUAGUCAAUUGUGGCUUUAAAUCCUGACUGCUACCCCCUAGUUUAGCAGGCUUGGGAUUAUUACUUUUCUGAGCUUCAGUUUCCUUAUCUAUAACGUGUGGUUUAGAACAAAGGUACCUACUUUAUGGGGUUGCUAUGGGUAUAAAUAACCUUGUACCAUAAAGUGCUGAGGAAGUGCUCAGUAGAGGGGAAGUUGUUUGGGUUUUUUGUUCGUUUUCAAUUCAAGGAAAAUGCUUUGAGCGGACAAAGUUCACAUUAGAGGUGAGUUGUGGUGGGGGAAGGGAAGUGUGUUUCUAUUUUGCUGUGUAAUGGAAAGAGCAUAGGUUUUGGAUUCCGCAAUCUUGAGUUUGUGUCUAGGCUGCACAAUUUCUUGUGUGACCCUGGGCAAGCUCCUUUACCCUCUCUGCUUUCUUUGUGAGAAAGGAAGUUGAUGUGAAGCCAGUGUUUGGGGCCUGUAAAUAUUCAAUGCAUUGGGAGAAUAAAUCUAUCAUCAACCAUCGUUUAGAACAUUCUGUGUGACAGGCACUGUUCUAAUUGCUAGGGAUAUAGUGGUGAACGGUUGCAAAACUCACAGCCGCCCUCCGAAAUAGGCUUUAUUAAUAGGCCCACCUUAGGGAUAAGGAAACAGGCUCAAAGAAGCCCCAGGUAUCCUGUUUAAGACAAAACCAGACAAAGCCAGAAACAGAAACCACAGUAAUGAUACUAGCUGACUUCCGCUGAGUGCACAGUGCAUGCCAGGCACUGUACCGGAGAGGAUUCCAUCCUGUAAUUCUCAUAACCACCGGUGUGGCAGGAACAUCAGCCCGCUGGUGCCGUGAGGAAACGGAAAGCCUGCGGCUCCUUAGAGGGGUCCUGGGCUCAGUCCAGAGCAUCUUGCUGCUUUUUGUGGACUCCUCCUCGAAUCUAAAGGGAAUACAAUAGAGCGGGAGUGGCUCCAAUAGGGCUCUGGGGACCGUCUCUUCCCUCUCCCCCAUCCCAAGUACGGCGACAAAGCCUUGCGCUGUGCCACCAUGCGGCAGAAGGCGGUAUCGCUCGUCUUGUGCUACCUGCUACUCAACACCUGCGUCUGCGAGGAGACAGAAGAAAGUGAGUCCGGGUUCUGGGGCACGCUGACCUACAUGGCCGUCGGAGGAGGGCUCAUGGCCGUGGCGCUGCCCGCGCUGGGCUUCACGAGCACAGGCAUCGCCGCCAACUCGGUGGCUGCCUCGCUGAUGAGCUGUUCGGCCGUGGCGAACGGGGGCGGAGUGCCCGCCGGGGGGCUGGUGGCCACGCUGCAGAGCCUGGGGGCUAACGGUGGCAGUGCCCUCAUGGCCAAGAUUGGGGCCCUUCUGGGCUAUACUGUCCACAAGCAAAUCGAAAGCAGAGGGAAGGAGAGAGCGGAUGAGGAGUAGCUAGCAGCUCCCUGGACCCCCCUCCUUCCUCCUUGUCUUCCUUUUCCAGCUGCAGUCCAGAGGUUCCUCUUUCACACUUGGCAAUGACCUAGGUAAAAAAAACAGAAUAAACGUCUCUCAGAAAACA